UUCUGUCGAUGAUCACAUGCACUGGUCUUCCUACAUCUUUCUUUUCAAGGAUGGUUGGUACCAGCUUGGUGGAAGUUUCGAUGCGCUCCCUUGUGAACGACUUCUGAUGACUGUCGUCAACGACCACAUCGUCUGGAAUUGCACUAGGAGCAUCUAGGAGGAAACCAUAUACAACGCAAAAAAGCGUUUUAAUCUAUAAUCUUCCAGUAGAUCGGAUGCAGUAAGGGUGGGCGCCUCCUGUACGCUCCUGCUGCACGCCUGGUGGGGGCAACCAUGAAGAGGUCCCUCACAGACCUGAUCAGGAAGAAAGAGCCCGGCAGGCAGGGGUUCGCAGACAGCAUACUGUCCCGCGUCACCUCCAAAGCCUGGGAGAAUGAUGCAGACAUAGAAGACCCAGGAGCAGCUGAGAGGAGUGGCAAGGCCAAAUGGAGGGGCACCCUCAUUCUAGGCUUCCAAGCCCUCGGUGUUGUGUAUGGUGACAUUGGGACAUCCCCGCUGUAUGUCAUCUCAUCCACAUUCCUGGAUGGAGCGCCCUCAGAGGAGGACAUCGUGGGAGUCAUCUCGCUCAUCAUCUGGUCCCUUACAGCGCUGUUAGUCAUCAAAUAUGCCGCCAUAGUGCUCAGAGCAGAUGACAACGGGCAGGGAGGCACAUUCGCGCUCUAUUCCCUGCUCAAGCGUCAGGCAGAGCUGGGGAAUUCUGGAAAGCUGAUGGAGUCGGACAGGCACCUGUCGCAGUACAGCAUCGGGCGCGGGGAUACGCGGCUGGCGUCUCGGCUGUCCCGGCGGAAGCGGACGCAGUCUGCGCCCCCUGGAGGACUCCCCACCGUCACCGAGUACUCCACCAAACUCGUCGACUGGCGCCAGCGCUUCAUCGAGAAUCGGCACACGCAGAACAUUCUGCGCGUGUUGGUGGUGGCCGGUGUUGGCAUGAUCAUGGGCGAUGGAGUGCUGACUCCCGCCAUCUCAGUGGUGUCUGCCUGUGAGGGCCUUCAGCAGGCCAGCGCCAACAUCACCCGCUCGAUGAUCGUGAUUAUCGCGAUUGUCAUCCUGGCGGGGCUCUUCAUGAUCCAGCAGUUUGGCACCAAGUUUGUGGGCUACCUCUUCUCGCCCAUCAUCCUGGUCUGGUUCCUGUUCAACUCGGUGGUGGGAAUUUACAACAUCGCCAAGUACCGCCCCGUCAUCUUCAAGGCCUUCGGGCCGAACUACUGGUUCUCCUUCUUCCUGCGCAACCAGAAGGGCGGCUGGCAGGCUCUGGGCGGCGUCGUGCUCUGCAUUACAGGUGUUGAGGCGUUGUUUGCUGACCUGGGCCACUUCAACCGGCCUUCCAUCCAGAUCUCCACCUUCUGCAUCGUCUACCCAGCCCUCAUCAUCACCUAUCUAGGCCAGGGCUCGUAUCUGCUGGCGCACCCGGACGCGUUCGAUGCGAUGUUUUGGAAGUCGCUGCCUCAAGGAACCUUCUGGCCCAUGUUUGUGGUCGCCACGCUGGCAGCCAUCAUUGCCAGCCAGGCGCUCAUAUCAGCUGUCUUCCAGAUUGUCAGCCAGGCCAUCGUGCAGGGCUUCUUCCCCCGCUUCCACGUCUACCACACCAGCCGCGAGCACCGUGGGCAGGUGUACAUCCCACUCAUCAACUAUCUGCUGAUGGCCCUGUGCCUCAUCAUCGUGGGCACCUUCCAGACCUCCACCAAUAUCGGCAGGGCCUACGGCAUAUCUGUGCUGGCGGACAUGUUUCUGACGACGCACUUCAUGACACUGGUGCUGAUGACCAUAUGGCGCCUGCCCCUACCACUCGUCGUGCUCUGGUACUGCGUGUUUGCUCCCAUCGAGGCCACCUACCUCUCCUCCGCCCUCGAAAAGAUCCCCACAGGGGGGUGGUUUUCGGUGAUGAUGUCGGGCAUCUACACCUGCAUCAUGCUGCUCUGGUUCUGGGGCAACUCCAAGAAGAAGGCCUUCUACGGGCGCAAGAAGCUCAAGCUGCACCAGUUCCUGGCGCUCAUGGGCGACGAUGGCAAGGAUGAGCAGACAUCCAUGACCAUUGCAUCCCAGAAGAUCGCUCUCAAAGCCUCUGCCACCAAACUCAAGCGCGUGCGCGGCGUGGGCCUGUACUAUGGGGAGGACAUCCACGGAGUGCCCCCGGUGCUGCUGCAAAUGGUGUCGCGCACGCCCGUCCUCUACGAGGUCAACAUCUUCGUCACCAACCGCUUCGUGCCCAUUCCCGAGGUCCUCCCCUCAGAGCGCAUCCUUGUCGAGCAGCUGGGCGUCUCAGGCUUCUACCACAUUGUUGCCAGGUACGGGUACAUGGAGGAGGUGAAGCAGGACGAUGCGUUUGUGCGCGUGCUGCUGGAGCGCGUGCUGCACCUGCUCCUCAUCACCCUGCAGGAGCGUGCGUCUGCCAUGCCCACCCUGCACCACGACCUCGGCCUCCCCGCCUCCCACAAAGUCCCCCCACCCUCGGACACCAACUUCAAGGCCAGGGACGACAGCGCAAAGCAUGACACGCCCUUGACGGCAGGCGGCGCAGCAGCGGAGGUGCAGCUCACGCCGGUGACAACGACCGCGGCGCAGCCGGCCGCGGCCGCCGCCGACGGCGCGCCGGCCCCGACGCUGGUGGAAAUCCCCGGCCAGGGCCGCAGCCUGAGCCCCAGCGACCAUGUGCCAGAGCCCUUUCUGUACCGCAACCUCGAAGAGGUUGCUAACAAGCUCGCGACGGCGCCGAAGGAGGUGGCGACGCGGUACCACAGGGCAGCGAUAGUGGCGGACGAGAUCCGAGUGGUGAAGCACGCGGCGAACCAGCACAACGUGGUGUUCAUCCUGGGGCACACCCACGUGGUACUGCCCAAGCGCAUCCCCUUCUGGAGUGUGCCCCGCCGCAUCCUGCUCGAGCUGCCCUUCAAGAUGUUUGCGGAUGCGUUCUCAGAGCCAGCGGACAGCAUCUUCAACAUUCCCUCAGCGCACCUGCUCGAGAUUGGCCUCCCUUACACUCUGGAUGCAUAGUCAUCCCCAGAAGUGCACGCUCUCCAUUUGCUUCUGUUCUAGAUUGCAGCAGGGGCAGGCAUCAUGUAGCCACCCAGGGGUAGAAUCUCCUGGUGUGGGCCCAAAAGUGAGCAGCAGCAGUGAAAUUCCCCAGAAAUACUGUGCUUGGGGUUGCAGUGGGGCUUUCUUACCAGUGGCAUUCUUCUGGGCACUUGUGCCUUUGAGUUUGCAUGCAUGGGUGGCUGGUGCGGUGAAGCUGCGUUGCGGGAGUAUGAUCCCCUGCAGCGUAAAUUUCAUUAGCAGGGAACUGAAUGGGCAGAAACUUGCUUUCGUCGAACUGACCGGGGUGCUUGGGUUAUGUUUUGUUUUUGCAGAUCGUUGUCUAUAUAUACAGGGAGGACUUGAGCACAGCACAAGUGAUUUGAGUCUGCAUGGGAUGAAAUUGAAUUCGAAGCAAUGUCAUAUGCAACGACAGUAGGAUUGUUUUCCACUUGAAUUCAACAUGGUAAAUUGCCUGAUUAUUUUCUCAGUAUCUGGGCUUUUGCAGGUGGACUCAAUUCAUUUUGGUCUUUUGGGUCUUUCAAAACUAUGUUGUCCUUAGAAUUUAUUUGUUUAAAAAUUCGAAGUCAUGACC